AUGCCCAGCAGAACAGCCCGCUAUGCCCGCUACAGCCCAAGGCAACGGCGCCGGAGGCUCCUGGCUGAUCGCAGCGUGCGCUUCCCUAAUGACGUCCUGUUCUUGGACCACAUCCGCCAGGGCGACCUGGAGCAGGUGGGGCGCUUCAUCCGGACUCGGAAAGUCUCCCUGGACACCAUCUACCCCUCAGGCCUGGCGGCCCUUCAUGAAGCAGUGCUUUCUGGAAACCUUGAGUGUGUGAAGCUGCUAGUCAAAUAUGGGGCAGACAUUCAUCAGCGAGACGAGACAGGCUGGACACCCCUGCACAUCGCCUGCAGCGACGGAUACCCUGAUAUAGCCAGGUACCUCAUUUCCCUGGGGGCAGACAGAGAAGCGGCAAACGACGAUGGAGAUCUGCCUUCAGACCUCAUUGACCCGGAAUUCAAAGACUUGGUGGAGCUAUUCAAAGGGACUAAGAUGGACUGA